AGUGCAUUCGUUGAUGUCGAAGAGUGAAGAAGUGAUUAAGAAGUGAUUUUUGUAGUGAGAAAAACAUUCGAUAACUGAAUGGAAGCGGAUCGAGAGUGAAAGAGUUAAAAGCAAGAAAAGCAACUACAUAAACUUUUAAUUUGCAUAUUAUUAAACAGUUUUUAACUGGCUUUAAACAGUGUAAUCAGACGAGAACGAGAAACUUUUUGCAACGUUUAAACUUUGACCAUUUCAUGAUUGUAUGAUUUCAUCAUGAGAAACAUUUUUCUCCUGUUUACAUUCGCUGUCAUCGUGAAUGAAGGUCUCGGAUUGUCUCUCGAUCCAGUGGCAUCGACUGACUUGGAGCAAUAUAUUCGUGAUGAUUUUACAAUAUCCCUCAGGCAUAUUAGGCCACGAAGAAAGUUCAGAAUUUCUCUUGAAGCCCUCUUCAUGAUUGACUUUCCAGCAGCUAAGAACAAAUUUUCGUUCUAUCUUGACCGGAAGGGAAAACGUGUUACCAUUGACAUAAAUUCCAAUGCGAAGAUAUUUUCCAAACAUCUCAACGUGCCGAUGUUGAACGAGACAACAACAAUUCGAUCGCUUGCACUUUCGUUUUCGGAAAAUGUCAUCACUCUCUACAUAGAUUGUAAAGAUGUCGUGAAAGAUGAAGUAGAAUUCAAUCUUUCGAAGCUUUAUCGGGACAUGGAGGAACCAAACGUUAAACUAUUCCGAGAGAGAAAGUAUCCUUUGUAUCUUGAUGUUUCAAUUGAAAACGCUUUGGACCGGGCCAGUUGUCAAAAGUUAUCAAAGCGAAAGUUGAACAGAAAAAUUGUGAAAGACAACGAAAGAAAGAAAUAUUACGAAGGAUCAGAGAAAAACCGGAAACGAGACUUGAAUCAAUAUUAUCGUGGAAAUGAAAGGGAACGAACAAAUGAUUUCAGAAAUAACAACAACGAUUUGCCAGGUCGUGGUGAUAUUCCAAUCAUCAGUGGAGAUUGCGAUGAGAAUUUGUUACGAGGCAUAAACGAUUUAAUCGCUUUAAUAAAGAAGCUCCAACAAGAUAUUGCUAAUCAACAUGCUGACAUUCGUCGCCUUCAAUCCUUAAUCGAGAAUUGUGCAGCUUGCCAAGGCGCGCAACCAAUAGUUCGUCUCGAUACCUGUCAAUAUGCCAAUCCUUGUUUCCGUGGUGUGACCUGUCACGAUACAUCGGGUGGAAUGCGUUGUGGACGUUGCCCAAGUGGAUACGUUGGCGACGGUCGCAGCUGUCGACCCGGUCAAACUUGUGACGAUCAACCAUGCUUUCCUGGUGUGCAAUGUGCAGACACUGUAGAAGGCGCUCAAUGCGGUCCAUGUCCCCAUGGCUACGAAGGCGAUGGCAAAACUUGUCAUCAACGGCGAAACCCAUGCCACGAAAAUCCAUGCGCAUCAGGUGUUCAAUGCGUUGAAAUCAGCCAACACCCAUACUACAGAUGUGGAGCAUGUCCGUCUGGAUUUUCGGGCAAUGGCACAGCAUGCAAAGACAUUGAUGAGUGUGACUUGAUUGAACCGUGUGACCCAAGAGUUCGUUGCACUAAUUUGUCACCGGGUUUCAAAUGUGAACCUUGCCCUCCAGGUUAUCACGGCCAACAUUCACAAGGAUUGUAUAUGACAUCUGCUCCCGAUCACACAUUCCAAAGGCAACGUUGUGAAGAUAUUGAUGAAUGUCGAGAAGGAAUUGCACGUUGCGGUUCGAAUUCCGCUUGUGUCAAUACUGAAGGUUCAUAUGAAUGUACAUGUUCACGUGGUUUCUUAAGAAAUGCAACAAGUUGUGUACAAGUGCCUGGAAUGUGCCCAGAUGGAACAAUUUGUGAUAGAAAUGCGGUUUGCAUGCAUGCCGGUGGAAACCGCUACAGAUGCAAAUGUAAAGUGGGACAUGCUGGAAAUGGACAUCAAUGCGCUAACGAUGUAGAUCUUGACGGAUGGCCUGACUUUGAUCUUGGUUGUACCGAUCCGAGAUGUCGUGCUGAUAAUUGUAUGCGCAUUCCAAAUUCGGGACAAGAAGACGCUGAUGGCGAUGGAAUGGGAGAUGCUUGUGACCCUGAUGCCGACAAUGAUGGAAUUUUGAAUGAUCCGGAUAAUUGUCCAUUGAUUUAUAAUCCCAAUCAAGCUGACACGGACUUUGAUGGACCUGAUAAGCAAGGAGAUGCUUGUGACAAUUGUCCAACAGUUGCUAAUAUUGAUCAAUCAGAUGUCGACUCUGAUGGACUUGGUGAUGCUUGUGAUCCGGAUAUUGAUAACGAUGGAAUAUUAAACGAGAGAGAUAAUUGUCCCAAGAAAGCCAACACUGAUCAAAGGGACAGCGACUUUGAUGGUCUUGGAGAUGUUUGCGAUAACUGUCCAAAUAUUCCUAAUCCAAAUCAAAGUGACAGAGACAACGAUCUGGUUGGUGAUGCAUGUGAUUCUGAUAUUGAUCGCGAUAGCGAUGGAAUUCAAGAUUCAAACGACAAUUGUCCAAAUAUUCCCAAUUCCGAUCAACUUGAUACUGACAGAGAUGGAAAAGGAGAUGCAUGUGAUUCUGACAUGGACAAUGACGGAAUCUACAAUGAAUAUGAUAAUUGCAGAAUUGUUUACAAUCCCGAUCAGCUUGAUGUUAAUGGCGAUGGAGUUGGUGAUGCAUGUGAAGACGAUGAAGAUGACGACAAAGUUAAAAACAUUCAUGAUAACUGUCCCAAUAAUUCGAUGAUCUUCUCAACUGAUUUCCGAACUUAUCAAACUGUUGUUCUUGAUCCAGAAGGUGAAUCUCAAAUUGAUCCUAAUUGGGUGAUUUACAAUAAAGGCGCUGAGAUCGUACAAACUCAGAACUCAGAUCCUGGAUUAGCUGUUGGUUACGAUUCAUUUGGAGGUGUUGACUUUGAAGGAACGUUCUUCGUUGAUACAGAAAUCGAUGAUGAUUAUGUUGGAUUCAUAUUCAGUUAUCAAGAUAAUCACAAAUUUUACAGCGUCAUGUGGAAGAAAAAUAUUCAAACCUAUUGGCAGGCAACGCCGUUCAGAGCAUCAGCUGAGCCUGGCAUUCAACUCAAGCUUAUCAACAGUAAGACUGGGCCAGGUGAAAUGCUUCGUAACAGUCUUUGGCAUACUGGCGACACCAAAGAUCAAGUUAAACUUCUUUGGAAAGACCCCAGAAAUGUUGGUUGGAAAGAACGAACAGCUUAUCGUUGGUUGUUGCUCCAUCGUCCAAAGAUUGGACUCAUUCGUCUCCGUAUUUUUGAUGGUGAAAAUAUGGUUGCUGAUUCUGGUAACAUUUACGAUUCAACUUUGAAGGGAGGACGAUUGGGAGUAUUCUGUUUCUCACAAGAAAUGAUUAUCUGGUCAGAUUUAGUGUAUCGUUGCAAUGAUAACGUUCCUGAGACAAUCUACCGGGAAUUGCCACCACGCUUGCAAAAGGAAGUUCAUAUUGAUGAAAGAAUUUAAUUAACUUCGUGACACCUGAUUUGAAUACAAUUCAGUAAUUAACCAAAUAAUAAAAAGAACAAAACAAAAAUCAAAGUUUGAUACAAAAUAUUGAUAUCCUAACUAACCUGGUGAUUAAGAUUGUUAAACAUAAAUAUUAUUGAAGUUGAGCCAGUGAUUAAGUCGUUGAUACUUUAACAAUGCCAUGAAACUAUUUAAUUAUUGUCAAUGCUUUUACUACUAAAAUUUCAAUCAGUCUCAAGUCAAACAAAUAUAAACAUUCAAUAAAAUGUGUUCUCAAAUAUAACAUAAUUAAAUUAUUUAGUGA